CGGAGAUAAAUAAGAGACUAAAGAUGGCGACGGUGGAGGAUUCAUGGGACAAAUUCGGAUCCAAAACUUCCCUUCGGAACACAGAGUCCAGCGGUCCAGUCGCGCAGUGAGAGCCGCGAAACCUCGCGACACCCGGUUCCGCUUCCGUGGCUCCGUUACACGGCUUUACUUCUACACUUUCUCGCUUGCAGUAGCAAAUAAAGCGGAUUUUGGAUUCAGAUCCUCCGAACUGACACCGGAUCCCGCUGAUAUGAUCCCGGACUGAACGCGAACGAGUUCGUGUCGAACUGUGGUCUGGUUCUGGUGAAUGGAGGCCGCUGGAGAGAGUCUGUCUGCCCCGGUGUCGCAGUGAUUUGGGUCGGAACCGGAUCGUGAUGUAUUUUCUGAGCGGCUGGCCGCGGAGGCUCCUCUGCCCGCUCCGGAGCAGCGAGCGGCCCUUCCUGAUCGAGCCCAGCGCGCAACGGUUCUACCUGGCGGUGCUGUCCGAGACCCAGAUCAGCAUCUGGUCCAGCAGGCCCAGCGUGUUGAUCGUCAGUUAUAUCGAGUCUGGGAAAGCGGCUGCACAGUUCGGCUUCUAUCAGCUGGUGGAAUGGAAGCCCGAUGACUCCAUGAUCGCAGUGACGUCUGGGUCAGAAUCGUCACGCGUGUUCAGACAGCAGAUCUCGGUGUUUCCACUGCCAGACGUCACAGCGGUGCAGGAUUACAGCACGACCGCAGGCUUGAUUUCACAGCGCCGCUCUUCUGUGUCUGAGUCAACAUGGAGCAGUCUGCAGCCGGUCACAGGUUCAGACCUGCAGGAGUGGAGUCUUGUGCUGAUCUGCGGCGUCUCUGUGUGUGUUUUUAGGGGCGCUCGUGUUAAGGUGACUCCGGGUUAUAAGGAGGAACAGUGCGCUCCAGCUCUGACCCUAGAGAUGAAGAAACCCGUCGACCUGGAGGCUCCAAUCAGCUGUCUGCAGACGCUGCAGGAGGAUCUGUUAGUGGCGACGGCAGACGGUUAUCUGCACAUGCUGCACUGGGACAGUGUGAGUAACGGCCGGAGAGCAGUGAACCUGUGCACCAUCCCGUUCUCCCUCGACCUGCAGUCCUCCAGAGGAGGGCCGUGUCUGGAUCUGGACGGUGUUCACAUUCGGGAGAUGGAGUACUGCGCUACACUGGACGGAUUUGCAGUGGUGUUUGAUGACGGGCGACUCGGAUUCAUCACGCCAACCGCAAACAGACUCGCCACAGACCAGCUGCAGGGCGUUUGGGCCGCAGACGUCUCUGAUGGCACGUGUGUCGCCGUCAACAACAAAUACAGACUCAUGGCUUUCGGAUGCGCAAGCGGGUCAGUGUUGGUGUACAUGAUUGACAGCUCUACAGGAUCGAUGCAGCUCUCUCAUAAACUGGAAUUAACCCCGAAACACUACCCAGAUACCUGGAAUAAGACGGGUGCUGUGAAGAUGAUCCGCUGGUCUCCGGACUGCAGCGUUGUCAUGGUGACGUGGGACUGUGGCGGUCUGUCUCUGUGGAGUGUGUUUGGAGCUCAUCUCAUCUGCACACUCGGGGAGGACUUUGCCUAUCGCUCAGACGGCACUAAGAAAGAGCCUCUGAAGAUCAGCUCUAUGAGCUGGGGUGUGGAGGGAUAUCAUCUGUGGGUGAUCAGCAGCACAGACGCGACUCCUGUUCCCGACGGAGCGGAAGGAGACGAGAAACUCCAGCAGACCGGCAUCCUGCAGUUUCAGUUCAUUAAGAGCGCGCUGACCGUCAACCCGUGCACAAGUAAUCAGGAGCAGGUGUUGCUCCACGGAGAGGAUCGUCUGUAUCUGACCUGUGGAGACCCGACUCAGGCUCACAGUGUGUCGGAUAAGAGCCCGUCUCGGGACAGCGGCAGCCCUCUCUCUCAGGGUCUCAGCACUUUACUGGGCCACAAGCACUGGCAGGUGGUUCAGAUUCACAGCACAUAUCUAGAGACAAACUGGCCCAUCAGGUUCGCAGCUAUAGACUGGUCUGGUCAGUGUGUGGCCGUAGCUGGCCGGCAUGGAUUUGCACAUUACUCAUUAUACACCAGAAAAUGGAAACUGUUUGGUAACGUCACACAGGAGCAGAAUAUGACGGUGACGGGAGGUCUCACGUGGUGGGACGACUUUGUUGUUGUUGCCUGUUACAAUUUCAUUGACCGGCAGGAAGAGCUGAGGUUAUACGUGCGCACAUCUAACCUGGAUAACGUGUUUGCCAGCAUCACUAAACUUCAGGCCGACACGCUGCUGCUGAACGUGUUUCGUAACGUGGUGAUUCUGUUCAGGGCCGACUGCUCCAUCUGCCUUUACAGCAUCGAGAGACGACACGACAGUUUGAAUAUGGAGGUUCCGGCGGUCAGCCGUCAACACGCCACUCUGCUCUUCAACACAGCUCUGGAACAGGGCAAAUGGGAUCUGUGUCGUCACAUGAUCCGCUUCCUGAAGGCCAUUGGUUCAGGGGAGAGCGAGACUCCGCCCAGCACACCUACCACUCAGGAGCAGAGCUCCACGGGGGGCUUCGAGUUCUUCCGGAACCGCAGCAUCAGUCUGUCUCAGUCGGCCGACAGCAUUGCCGGAGGAAAGUUCAACCUGCAGAAGACCCUGAGCGUGCCGUCUGGACCGUCCUCCAAAGGCGGAGAGCGCUGGUGUAAGGACAGUGACUCUGCGGAGAAUCUCUACAUUGAUAUGAUGCUGUGGCGUCACGCGAGGCACCUGCUGGAGCAGAUCAGACUGCGGGAUCUGGGCUGUUUCUCUGCUCAGCUGGGCUUCGAGCUGAUUGGCUGGCUGUGUCGGGAGCGCACGCGGGUCGCACGGAUCGACGACUUCGUUACCGCCCUCAAAUGCCUGCACAAGGACUUCCUGUGGCCAUUUCCUGUAAUCCCAGCAUGCUCCAUUAGCUCGCCGCUGAAGAACGGACGCUGCCGUCCAGUGUUGAGUUCUCGUUUGCUGAAGUCUCAGUCUGCGGACAGUUUGCUGAACAGUGACAUGGACACCACGCCCCCUCAGGUCACCACAGCCAAUCACAGCUGGCUGGACAGUUUGGGGGCGGUCUCAAAGGAACUGGGCUCCGCCUCCUCUCACGGAGGGCCGCAGACGCAGGAGGCGUUUCUCUCUCCUCUCAUCAACAAAGGAGAGGAGUGCAGCAUCGGUUCAGCCACGGACCUGACUGAGACCAGCUCCAUGGUGGAUGGUGAUUGGACGAUGGUCGACGAGAAUUUCUCCACCCUCAGUCUCAGCCAAUCAGAGCUGGAGCACAUCUCCAUGGAGCUGGCCAAUAAAGGGCCGCAUAAAAGUCAGGUUCAGCUGCGGUAUCUGCUGCACGUCUUCAUGGAGGCCGGCUGUCUGGAGUGGUGCGUCGUCAUCGGGCUGAUCUUACGAGACGCCGGCGUCAUUAAGCAGGUCGUGGGGUUUUUGGACAGUCCAGAAGUCCCACCAGAAACGGUCCAGAGCAUCCGAGCCGGUCUGAAAGCUGUCGACCUGUGGGCCUCGUCUGAUUGUCUGGGCUACAAGCCGUUCCUGAACCUGAUUGGUCCGCAGCUGCUGAAGCUCCUGGAGGUUCCUGUGGAGCAGGUUCAGCCCGAAGCCUUCCAGCCGACCGGAGCGUCCAAACUGAGCGAGCCUCCGCUGCUGCUGCUGCCCCGAGCCGAGGAGCUGACCGCUGCUCACCCGCUGCCCUCGGACGGCCCCGCCGGAGCCAGCGCCCGGCCCCUGAACGACACGCCGCCGGAGGAGCAGGAGCCGCUGGAGGAGGGAUCGUACGACUGCAGGCUCUCAUGAUGCCGCGCUCCAGCGUGUGUGUGUGUGUGUGUGUGUGUGUGUGUUCCUGCUCGUCCACACUGCAGUGUCCUGUGUGUUUUGCUGCGUUUUCAACAUCCUGUGGUCAACAGCAUCAUGUUUUUCUCUCUUCACCUCCACGCUGCAAAAAAUCUGUUUCUUCGUUAGUAUUUUUGUCUUUUUUUGUUUUUAGCUCUUCCAGUACAAACAUCUAAACAUUCUGACAUCAAGAUACAUUUACUGGAGAAAUCAAAUAUCGCUGAUAAAAGUCAUCAAAAUGAAUCGAGUUCAUGCUUAAAACAAGAAAAUAUAUCAAUGUUGUUGUUUGUUUUUU